AUGACAGACUUCUUGACUUCAACUUAGCUUAGUGAAUGGUUUUAUACUUCAGAAGAUGAUUUCAGACGCAAGUAGGGGAAAUUCUAUUAAAAGAUGUGCGAAAAGAUUGACAAGUACACAAACUAACCAGCUCCUAGUUUGCCAGGAGGUCCUCCUGCAUAGCAGCCAAUAUACAGAAUCAUAAAACCAGAUUCUUAACAUAAGUUGCUUGCUUGGAUUGCCAACAAUAUUGCUCAAUUAUGCAUAAAGCUUAAGCUUUCCUACAAAAUUAUGGGCAUUAGUUUGACAUAUAUGAGAAGAUUUUAUUUGAAGCAGAGUGUAUUCGAGUUUGACCCGGUGAGAAUGAUGUUCGCCUGCAUUUUCUUGGCCAUGAAAGUAGAAGAAUUUGAUGAAGACCUAUAAGGAUUUUGCAAUAGAGUUAACAUGCCAGAUAAAUGUGAUCCAUCAAAACUUGAAUAGCUGGAGGUACUUUUAGUAAGAGGUUUAGGGUUUUAACUCUUAAUUUACACUCCAUUCCAGGUCUAUGAAUACCUUCUUGAGACUAUUGUAAACUCUACAGCAGGUCUAGAUAUGAAGUUGAUCAGGAAAUAUAGUGCAGAGCAGGUAACUAAGGUGUUCUAGUCAAGUUCAUUGAUCUUUACAUUUACACCCUAGAUUUUAGCAUUAUCUUGCGUAGACUUAGCCAUUCAAUAGUACAGUGCUGCAAACACAAACCCUGACAUCUAGAUUUAAACUCUCAACGAAUACUUCCCAGAUCUAAAGUUAGCUAUUCUUGAAAAGGUAGGGAAUGCCAAGGAGAAGAUAAUGCAAAUAGCAAAGCUAAACGAUCAAGAAAUACAGAAAAUCAGAAAAUACAUCUAACACUUUCAUUAAUAACAUCCUGAGUUCCUAGACCAAAUACAAAAGGAUAGAGUGAAAAGAGAAAAUAAAACUAUGUUAUGCGGGUUUGAUGAUGAACCCAAGGUUUAGACUGAGUCGAAUAAUAAGCAACAAUAAAAGGCUUCAUUAUAAUAGCAGAUUCAAUAAUAAGACAUGCCUUUAGCCUCAAAAGCUCUAAAUGAGCAAUAACAGUAGUAAGAGCUAUAACAAAAAAAUAAUGACUCUUUAAGAUUACAAUAAAUAGGCUAAAAUCAAACUCCUAUCCAGCUACAAGUUUAACUGCAACCAUCACUAUAAAUAUCUUAAGAUAACCUACAAAAUUAAGAUCAUUUCAUUUCUAAUAAUUAGUAAAAGCUAGACGAUAGUAGGAAGGCUGAGUUCUUAGAGCCAUUAAUACCUUUAAGGAAAAGAAAAUCUGAAAUGAUAUCUGGAGAUCCGUUGGCAGGAAAGCCAGACCCAUCCAAAUUGAGGAAACUUAAUCCAGGAGCAGGACCCAUAGCAUAAUGA